GUGAUUCAAGGUCAUCCGUGGAAUCAAUCAUUUUACAUGAUCGUGCUCCAAUUUGUAGAUAAGCCUACUGCAGCAAUUACGCAAACAGUAGCAAAAUUUCUAUGAGUGAAGGGCAGAGUGCUUCUUCCCAAAUGUAAGUUCAUGUUAAAGUGACAUUUUUGAUGAAGUUAUUUAUUCUUGACAGAGCGACAAAUUGACUAACAGAUGACUCUCGAAAAGUAAAACUUGUUUACUAUGAAGCCUCUGCCAUCCCGCAAGUUAUAAGGGCCUUUCAACUGAUUUAAAAUACACCCACCGGCUGUUUUUGUUUACGUAGGAUAGAUAAGCGGACGGAAAAUCAAUAUUUAUUCUAAACGUGAAAAAGUGCAUAGUUGCGUACUGCGAAAUUGACAUUAAAGACUAGCCUUCCGUACGAACGGUGCUUCUUCGCUGGAAGCAAUGAAAAUUUUUGGGAUUGAGUACGCCCCGCUAUUAGUUCCUCUAGAACGACGAAGACAAACAUGGGCUGUUUUUGUUUGGAUCGGCUCGUUCUUUUUUAUGGGACCAGCAGCUCUUCUGGGAUUUUUGUACCUGUUCUUCUUCACACGUUUCUACUUUGUCCCUUUAUUCUAUCUGGCCUGGUAUGUAGCUGACAUUAAAACCCCUGAGUGUGGGGGAAGGAGAUGGAAUUGGGUACGAAAAUGGUCUUUAUGGAAAGACUAUGCAUCCUAUUUUCCAGUAUCCCUGGUGAAAGAAGCUGAUUUAGAUCCAAAGUUUAACUACUUUAUUGGUUCUCACCCUCAUGGAAUCCUGUGUUCUGGAGCCUUUUGUAACUUUGCUACAGAAGGAACAAAUGUCUCUAAAGUCUUCCCUGGCAUUAGGUUUACAUUGACAACUCUGAAUUGCCAAUUUGUGAUGCCCCUGUACAGAGAAUUCUUUAUGACAAGUGGAGCAGUUUCUGCCUCCCGAAAAAGCAUUGAUUAUGUUUUAGGAAGUAGCUGUGGAGGCAAUGCUGUGGUCUUGGUAGUUGGGGGAGCACCAGAAUCUCUUGAUACACAUCCUAAUCUUGAUGACAUCACAUUAAUUCUAAAGCCAAGAAAGGGGUUUAUUCGUUUGGCUCUUAAACACGGUGCACAUUUAGUCCCAUCCUUCUCGUUUGGUGAAAAUGAAGUCUACGAUCAAGUUGACAAUCCACGUGGCUCCAGAUUAAGAAAUUUCCAAGAUUACCUUCAGAAGUUGAUUGGACUAGCACCAGUUCUCAUAAAAGGAAGAGGGAUAUUUCAGUAUUCCUUUGGAAUUAUUCCAAAUCGCAGACCGAUUACAACUGUUGUUGGUAAACCGAUUCCUGUGGAGAGGACAGGCAAUCCUAGUGAUGAGCAAGUUAAUGAGUUACACUCAAAAUAUGUCAAUGAGCUUGUGGAUCUUUUUGAGCGACACAAGAAUAAAUACUACCCACCAAGAGAACAUAUCAAGUUGAAAAUUCUAUAAAAUUUGAUACUUUAGUUUUGUUAGAUUUGCUGUUUGUCUCGUUCUACCGUUCUACUAAAAACGGGGUACCUAAUUGAAUGAUUUUUCAAAUUCAUAGAAAUACACAGUGCAAGCCUGUA